AUGAAUAUUACAAAAACAUCAGAGAUUGUAACAGGAUCAUCACCAUUUUUUAGUUAUAUAUGUGAUAAAUAUUUUUAUUCAUCCGAAUGGUUAACAUUUACAAUUUGUAUUUAUAUUACAUUUCAAACUGUAUUUUGGUUAUAUAAUUUAUUUCUUAUUUAUAUUGAAUAUAAUGAUAUACCUUCAAUUGAUAAAUAUCGUAUACAAAAACAUAAACCAAAACUUCGUUUUCAAUCUGAUAUUGUACGUCAAAUGAAAGAUGGAACAAUAAAACAUCAAUUAUCAUUGAUAUUUAUCUUACCAUUAUUAUAUCAUUUAUUAAAUUAUUUUGGUCAUAUAUCUGUACGUUCA